AUGGUGGUAGCUUCUCUCGAACGGAAUAGCAACGGAAGCUCUCGAUUUCGCGGGUGUACUAGCAUCCGUGAGUAUGAGUUCCUUGGUAAACUUGGUGAAGGCACGUUUGGUGAAGUCUACAAAGCGCGAUCAAAAAGAGAUGGCUCAACCGUCGCUCUAAAGAAGAUCCUCAUGCAUAAUGAGAAGGAUGGGUUCCCUAUUACUGCUCUCCGUGAAAUCAAACUCUUGAAAAUGUUAUCCCACAGUAAUAUUCUCCAGUUAAGAGAAAUGGCUGUGGAACGAAGCAAAGGGGAAGGCCGAAAGAAACCGAGCAUGUACAUGGUUACUCCCUAUAUGGAACACGACCUGUCGGGGCUCUUAGAGAACCCAGCUGUGCAAUUUACUGAGCCUCAGAUUAAAUGCUACAUGCUGCAGCUCCUCGAAGGACUCAAGUAUCUGCAUGGGAAUCGAAUAUUGCAUCGUGAUAUGAAAGCUGCCAACCUACUUAUCAGCAACAAAGGUAUUCUUCAGAUUGCCGAUUUCGGGCUAGCUCGACCGUAUGAUGAAUCUCCUCCUCAGCCUGGGAAAGGUGGAGGGGAAGCUAAAAGAGACUAUACCACUUUGGUUGUGACACGAUGGUACCGCCCUCCAGAACUCCUUCUUCAACUACGACGCUAUACAACUGCGAUUGAUAUGUGGGGUGUGCGUCUUCGGCGAAAUGUUCAAGGGCAAGCAAUCCUUGCCGGCACUAGUGAUCUCAACCAAGCCCAGCUUAUAUUUAAUCUUGUGGGCACACCUUCUGAAGAGAACAUGCCUGGCUGGGGCUCGCUCCCAGGCUGUGAAGGUGUGAAAAGCUUUGGCAGCAAGCCAGGGAAUCUAUCUGAGGUCUUCAAAGAGCAAGAUCCAGCCGCCGUAUCGUUAUUAGGUGAGCUCUUGAAACUCGAUUGGCGAAAAAGAAUUAAUGCUAUCGACGCGUUGAAACACCCUUAUUUCUCCAACCAGCCCCUACCUGCACACCCCGGCGAGCUUCCUCGUUUCGAGGACUCUCAUGAAUUUGAUAGAAGAAGGUUCCGAGGGCAGCGAGCAGUUAUGCCCCCAGCCCCUGCUGGAGGCUCCGUGGGCAUGGGCCCCAAUGGCGGCUGGAGCUCCAAUUCCGGAACCCGGACCGGGGCAGAUUCCAGAAAUAGUCGCAUACCUGGUGCUGCACGUUUUGGAAAGCCAAACUCUCAUGGCAACCAAGGGAAUGCCCCCCGACGAUCUUUUGAUAAUCGAGGCAAUGAACCAUAUCAGAGUCGGGCAAAGCAGGAUGAUUCACAUCGGGCUCUUUCGUCAUGGCACAAAGAAGGAGGUCUGCCGCCAAAGCCUCCUCUGCCCUCUCACCAGGGAUGGCUACCAAGCUACGCCGGCCGUGUAGGGCGCGACAGGAAUCAUUUAGGUCGUUUUGCUGGACGGCCAGACAGCAAUGUGGAUUCUUAUGUUCCGACUUAUAAUGGCGUGGGGGAACAGCCUCGAGAUGCAUAUUUAAACAAUAGGCGAGAUUAUACAAGGGAGAAUCCUUCGAGGCGCAGUCGAAGCCCAAGCUUUAGAGAGGGAUCUCGGCCUGCAGACAGGGAUCUAUAUCGAAGGUAG